GUCCGAAGAGGAGCGAUUGCUCGCACUCUUGGACGAAACACAGGGCCCCUAUCCGUUCCUGACUCGCGAGGAUCCGGUCAUAUUUUACAACAACGAGUACGAGAAAGAUCUGCUCAUGGAGUACAAUCUAGAGUUUGACGGUGGUGAGUCGUCGUCAUCAAGCACUUCUCACAGAGUGUGCACCGACGAAGAGCCGAGCUUUUUGUCCGUGGAGGAGCCAAAGUUGGAGCCAUCUUGGCUAAUGUCACCUUCAGAAUCCGAGAAUCCAGCCUCACCAUCACCAUACAUGCAGGAGCACAAGCCAUUGAAGAUGUCAACUGCCAGACGUACUCAAAAUCCAUACUUUAACCCAUAUUCCAGCGGUCCACUUGUUAAGGAGCCGUGUAAUAGCAGAUCUCGUGGAUACAGUACGCAUAUGGUCUAUAGAGACGAAUCACCAUCAUCAAAACGCGGACGCCCCUCAAAAGUGACGAGCAACUCGAAGAUGGCGAACUACGCGAGAAACUACCGUGAGCAGAAGAAGAACGAGAUGUCGACACUUCAAAUGCACAACUCUGAGCUUGAAGCCGAACUUCGCCUUGCUCGCGAGGAGAACGCCAAGAUGAAGAAGGCUCUUGCCAAAGCUUCCGAUGAGAUCACUCAGCUCAAGAAGGUCAUCGACCAGGACUCUCAGAUCGCUCGCGUCGUCGCCACAAUGGGCUCGGCUCAAUCGGCUCCAGGAGCACGUGCGGGAGUUUGUGUUCAUGUCGGAGCACUUGGAACCACUGUCGAGGUGUGCAAGCAGUGUGCGGAUAACAAUCAAAUGAGAAUGGAUAGCAAGUUCACCGAUCGACUUGUCGAGGAUCUCGGCGGAAAUGAGCUGUUUGGCGGCGACUUUUCCGCUUUCGAUAGCUAUUUGAACGACCCGAGAAGCAGUUAUUGAGAAGCAAGCAGAUUUAUCAAGCUUUUAUCAAGCCCCCCAAAUUCACACGUGUAGGAAUUCAAAGCAUUCCCCAUUUUCCACCUCUACUUAUUUGCAGGAGUUGGGUUUUUGAGCCGAGAGAAAAUUAAUCAUUUAAUCAAUUUUUCCAGCGAUUUUCUUCGAAUUUUCAGCGCCCAAAAGCCGAGCUUCAAGUAGUAGUAUUAGUACUUAUCACCCCUUAUUGUCAUUCUUUUUCUUCUAGAUAUCGCCUCUAUUUCUCAAGCCAAACGCCACGCCUGGGAGUCACCUGUGUGAUGAGGCAGGGCCUAUCGCCGAAGAAACAGUGGUUAGUUUUGAUCUUUUUGUAGAAUCUCUGUUCGGAAAUUGUAUCUAACUACAGUAUACACCCCCCCAACAAAACUACGAAAAAUUGUACAGUGCGCGACUAUCGGAUUCGUUUGGACCCCCCAAUACUCUCCAAAAAAAAAUUUAAAAGUGGAAAAUGCCCAAAAAAAAUCGAUCGUCGUACUCUUUUUUUUACCAAAUGUUUUUUUUUCUUCUUUUGUCUCACCUCCACCCCACCCCGUUAUGUUAUUCACUUGUAUAAGUUGUUAUGAGAAAACCUCAAAAAAUUGAAAAUUUUUCAAAAUAAUAAAAAAAAAGUUAAAUAAUUGUUA